CCUAAUAGAAAUGCAAACAUUUGUCUAAUACAUUAUAAGACUGGUGAGAAGAAGUAUAUUUUACAUCCGAGAGGGGCUCAAAUUGGAGAUACCAUUGUUUCUGGUACAAAUGUUUCAAUCAAAAUUGGAAAUGCCCUACCUUUGACCGAAAUCCCCUUAGGCACGACUAUACAUAACCUAGAAAUUACACGUGGAAGGGGUGGACAAUUAGCUCGAGCAGCGGGUGCAAUGGCGAAACUGAUUGCAAAAGAGGGUAAAUCAGCUACAUUAAAAUUACCUUCUGGCGAGGUCCGUUUUAUAUCCCAAAACUGCUCCGCAACAAUAGGACAAGUCGGGAAUGUUGGGUUCAACCAAAAAAAUUUGGGUAGAGCUGGAGCUAAACGAUGGCUAGGUAAGCGUCCUGUAGUCAGAGGAGUAGUUAUGAACCCCGUAGACCAUCCACACGGGGGCGGUGAGGGUAGAGCUCCUAUUGGGAGAAAAAAACCUACAACCCCUUGGGGUUAUCCCGCACUUGGAAGAAAAACUAGAAAGAGGAAUAAAUAUAGUGAGAAGCUCAUUCUUCGUCACCGCAGUUAAUAUAAUAGUAUAAUAUAGUUAAUAGAGUGAAUAUACUUAAUGUAAUAUAUAGUAUAAAAAUUAAUAUAAUAGAACAAAUUAAAUUUAUUCAUUCAAUUAUAUGAAAAAUAAAAAAAUAAAAGAAUAAUAAAAUUUAUAGGAGUAAACUGUGGCACGUUCACUAAAAAAAAAUCCCUUUGUAGCUCAUAAAUUAUUAAAAAAAAUUGAGAAACUUAACACAAAGGGAGAAAAAGAAAUAAUAAUAACUUGGUCCCGGGGAUCUACUAUUAUUCCAAUAAUGAUUGGUCAUACUAUUGCCAUUCAUAAUGGGAAAGAGCAUCUCCCUAUUUAUAUAAUGGAUGAUAUGGUCGGACACAAAUUGGGAGAAUUUGCAACUACUUUAAAUUUUCGAGGACAUGCAAAAAAUGAUAAGAAAUCUCAUCGGUAAUGUGAAUACUAAAAAAUAUUUUGAUGCUUAUAAGUCAUUAGUAGGAGGCAAAUUUUAUGUACCAGAUGCUAAAUAAAAAAACCCCAGAAGUAUACGUUUUAGGUCGACGUAUAGCUAUGUCGGCUAAUAAAGCACGAAGAGUUAUUGACCAAAUUCGUGGGCGUUCCUAUGAGGAAACACUUAUUAUAUUAGAACUCAUGCCCUAUCGUGCCAGUUAUCAAAUUUUAAAAUUGGUUUAUUCAGCCGCAUCAAAUGCUAGUUACACUAUGGCUUCAAAUAAAGCAAAUUUAGUUAUUAGUCAAGCUGAAGUUAAUGAGGGG